GGGCCUCGCACGGAGAGGCAUCCGACCAGUGAUUUCAGCUCUUUUAGAAUUUGUCCAGCAGGUUUCCCGCUCUCGCGGGAAGCCGCUUCCCACAGAGCGGUACAAAGGCAGAGCAGAGCGGGGAGAGGCGGGGAGGCGCAGGCGCGCUCAGCCCGUGCUGGGCUUCGGCGCCCGUUGGCGGCUGUGGGGCCGGGGUGUGCCUGCCGCGCUCCAUGGCGGCCUCCGCGCAGCCCGCGGUACUGGCGGCGCUGAGCGCGGAACAGGCGAAGGCGGUGCUGGCGGAGGUGAUCAAGGCGUUCGGGGCGCCCGAGAACGCGCAGCGCAUGGAGGAGGCUCGGGACAAUGCCUGCAAUGACAUGGGCAAGAUGCUGCAGUUCCUUCUGCCCGUGGCCACCCAGAUCCAGCAGGACGUGAUCAAGGCCUACGGGUUCACCAGCGACGGCGAAGGCGUCCUCAAGUUCGCCCGGCUGAUCAAGUCCUACGAGUCGCAAGACCCGGAGAUCGCCAGCAUGUCGGGCAAGCUCAAGGCCAUGUUCCUGCCGCCCAUGGCUCUGCCGCCGCACGGGGCCGGCACCGGCGGUGUUGCUGCCUCCUGAGCCCGCGGAGUUCUCCCGGCUGGUGCCCUCCUCCCAAGGUGCAGGUCCUGUCAGCCCUGGGAAUGGGGCACUUGAACAUGGGAAACGUGGACCUGGAAGGAAUGGGAUGCUUCGUGCCCGUUCAUGUGUCUGCUCAUGAAUAAAAUGUGUGUUGAAAGUA